UUAAGUCCUCUCAAUCUCCAUACAUAAGCGACAAACCAAUAGAGCUAUUUUGAUUUCAUAUAAAAAAUCUUCCAAAAUGAAGUUUCAAGCAUUCUCCAUUUUUUCUUUCCUUCCAAUUGCCCUCUGCAUCACCUUAGUUAAUGCAGCCUCUUUUGAUAUUACAAACAACUGCCAAUACACCGUUUGGGCGGCUGCUGUGCCUGGUGGUGGUAAACAACUUGACCAUGGCCAAACAUGGACCAUCACUGCCGACCCUGGCACCACCGCAGCCCGCAUAUGGGCUCGGACCAAUUGCCAGUUUGAUGCCAAUGGGAAAGGCAAGUGCGAGACCGGUGACUGCAACGGGCUCCUCGAAUGCCAAGCCUACGGUGCACCACCGAACACAUUGGCUGAGUAUGCUUUGAAGCAAUACAUGGACAUGGACUUCAUUGAUAUGUCUAACAUUGAUGGGUUUAAUGUUCCGAUGGAGUUUAGUUCGGUCUCCAGUGGAUGCAAUCGAGUGAUCAGCUGCACGGCCGAUAUCAUUGGUCAAUGCCCGAGUGAACUUAAGGUUCCCGGAGGAUGUAAUGGUCCUUGUCCUGUAUUCAAGACAGAUGAAUAUUGCUGUAAUUCCGGUAGCUGCGGACCUACAACUUACUCUAAGUUUUUCAAGGAUAGAUGCCCAGAUGUUUACAGUUACCCUAAGGAUGAUGCAACCAGCACUUUUACCUGCCCCAGUGGAACUAAUUACAAGGUUGUAUUCUGCCCUUAGAACAUUAUUGUGAAGGGCAAAAUGAAAAUAUACAUACCAAUAAGACUAAUGUAUUUACCUGGGGAAUAAGGCCUUAAAUAAGUCGUUGUAGCACUGAUAUUGUGCACAUAUGACAUGGAAAUUUUGAGGUUCAAUAGAGAACUUACUAUUUGUAUUUGUGUUAAA